UUUUUUUUUUUUUUGGAUUGAAUGUUUAUGGCUAUUUGAUAUAUUUUCCUGCUUCAUCUCAUUACUGACAUUAUGGAAAAUCUAACAUUUUUUCUAUGAUCUGAAAGAGCCCAUUAUGAGGACUUUAAAUUAACAAAUUGUCACAUGUUUUGACCAGCUCUUUUCGCCUAAAAGGAGGGGGGGGAUGGUCUUUAGAGUUGCUUCAUGAUCAAGCUGAAUUAUCUUUCAUGCCAUUAAGUCACAUGAUUCCUGGUUCGAGAAAAUAUUGAAAGGCCUUUUCUGCUCUUGUGAUCCAAUCUAAUAGCUGAAACAACAUUGGAAGCAAAGCCAUGGGGUAUGGUAAUUCAAGAUCCGUAAGAUUUCAGGAUGAUCUCGAAUCAGCAAAGCUCCCCACAAUCAAUGGAGACGGUAUGAUAAAGUUGAAAUACAAUAUUAACGGAACGCAAAAAUCGGAGUCUAGCACCAAGAGGGCUAAGAAGGAGUUGCCUAGUAGUAGGGCAGGAAAAUCAUUGAAAGCUAAAGUACUGGCCAGAGUUUUCUCUGAGGACUUUGAGAGAGUGAAGAGGAAAAUUUUGGAUCCUCGAGGACCAAUUAUUCGCCGAUGGAACAAGAUUUUUCUAGUAGCAUGCUUGAUUUCUUUGUUUGUGGAUCCUCUUUUCUUUUAUUUGCCAGUAGUUUGGGAGGAAGUCUGCAUUGAUAUUGGAAUACCACUUGAAGUUAUCCUCACUAUACUUAGAUCAUUGGCAGAUGCCUUCUAUAUAAUUCAGAUUUUCAUUCGAUUCCGGACAGCUUACAUUGCACCUCCUUCUCGUGUAUUUGGGAGAGGAGAGCUUGUUAUAGAUUCCAGGAAGAUUGCUUCCAGGUACCUUCAGAAGAGUUUCUGGAUUGAUUUAAUUGCUGCCCUCCCACUUCCUCAGGUUUUGAUUUGGAUCAUCAUUCCCAAUCUUAAAGGUUCAACAAUGACAAACACCAAAAACGUGCUCCGGUUCAUAAUUGUUUUUCAGUACCUUCCAAGACUCUUUCUUAUUUUUCCACUCUCAUCACAAAUUGUCGAGGCAACUGGUGUUGUGACAGAAACAGCAUGGGCAGGUGCUGCUUAUAACCUGAUGCUCUACAUGCUGGCAAGCCAUGUUUUAGGAGCUUGCUGGCACCUUCUUUCAAUAGAAAGGCAAGAAGCAUGCUGGAGAAGUGCUUGUGAUCUUGAGGAGUCAUCUUGUCAAUAUAAAUAUUUUGAUUGUCAUAGGGUUAAAGACCCUGGCAGGGAUACCUGGUUCAGGUCGAGCAAUAUUACUAGCCUAUGCAGUCCAAGUUCCACCUUCUAUCAGUUUGGUAUAUAUGGUGAUGCAUUGACAUUUGAUGUCACAACCUCACCAUUCUUCAACAAGUACUUUUACUGCCUUUGGUGGGGUUUAAGGAACUUGAGUUCUUUGGGUCAAAAUCUUGGCACAAGCACUUAUGUUGGAGAAAUAAAUUUUGCCAUCAUUAUUGCGACUCUCGGGCUGGUUCUGUUUGCUCUGCUCAUCGGGAAUAUGCAGACAUACCUUCAAUCGACAACUGUUAGGUUGGAAGAAUGGAGAAUCAAGAGAACUGAUACAGAACAAUGGAUGCGUCAUAGGCAGCUUCAUCCUGAGCUAAGGCAAUCUGUCAGAAAAUAUGAUCAGUAUAAGUGGCUAACUACAAGAGAAGUUGAUGAAGAAACUAUACUCAGAGGCCUUCCCUUGGAUCUACGGAGAGACAUCAAACGCCACCUCUGUCUUGACCUUGUUCGACGAGUACCGCUGUUUGAUCAGAUGGAUGAAAUGAUGUUAGAUGCAAUCUGUGAAAGGCUUAAACCUGCCUUGUGCACCGAAGGCACAUUCCUAGUCCGUGAAGGUGAUCCUGUCAAUGAGAUGCUCUUCAUAAUUCGAGGCCACCUUGAUUCUUACACUACGAAUGGUGGUCGUACUGGAUUCUUCAAUUCAUGCCAGAUUGGCCCUGGAGACUUCUGCGGUGAGGAACUGCUGACAUGGGCCUUGGAUCCUCGUCCUAGUGUCAUCCUCCCAUCUUCAACUCGUACGGUCAAAGCAAUAUCAGAAGUAGAGGCCUUUGCUCUUAGAGCGGAAGACCUCAAGUUUGUGGCAUCACAGUUUAGAAGACUACAUAGUAAACAACUCAAACACAAAUUUCGGUUCUACUCACACCAAUGGAGAACAUGGGCUGCCUGUUUCAUACAAGCAGCAUGGCGUCGGUUUAAAAAACGAAAGGAAACAGCUGAACUUAGAGCUAAGGAGAACCUCACGGCUGCUGGGCCUGAACCAACCGCACCUGGUUCAGGCUUGGCUAUGUAUGCAGCCAGGCUAGCAGUUAGCACUAGGAGAGGUGUUAAUAUGCAUUCUGGAUCUGAUUCUGGUGUUGUCAGCUCCUUGCAGAAACCAGCAGAGCCAGAUUUUUCUGUAGAUGAGGAAUGAAUGGUAACACUCAAAAUCGGGAUCUAGUGUGUAGGUAUCUAAAUUUGUUUAUUUCUUCACUAAGCUGUAAACAAAAGUGGACAUUGAGAUUAUUUUUUCAAUAUUUAUCUAUAUACAAUUUACCAAUUUGGAUUGUGGAUAGAAGAUGGAAGCAGAUGAUUUUCUGUUUUUCAAACUUCCUUCAAUUUGCUGCAAUUUUAAGUGAUGAACAUUUAGCUCACAUAGUGCCUGACUGCCUGUUAAAAGGAUCUCUCUUGUAGCAGUUAAAAAGAUCUCUCUUGUACCUACAAGGAAAAUUUAAAAAACAUAAUGUGUUCUGGUAUUCCUUAAUGACAAUAAUGAUCAAUGGGCAUUGUGAACCUUCUUCCCUUCACCCGUGGGCUACUCGAUAACCAUCAACUUCUAGGACCAAGGAAGCAGGACCACUUUUAUUGGGUUCAAAAGUGGUUCACAUGCAGCUCAAAGGGAGCCACUAUCAUUAGAUUUGGCCACCAGAGUCCAUGAGUUGAUCAUCCAGCUCCUUCUAGCGAAAUUGGUCCCAUGGAUUUUAAGGGAAUAAAAAGGAAGUCCUGUGGUCACACUUUUCUUUUUUGGAGGACAGACAAGUCAAUGGGAGAGAAAGUGAACAGAAAUGUUAUAGAUUUGUAUAAAGCUAAACGCAGCCAGCCAAAGAAAUUGCAAGGAAAAUGACAGAAAAAUCUGACUACUUUAAUAAAAAGCUACGCUUCUCCUUCAAAGUUCAACAAGUUCCUAGUACAUACAUUUCAAUUCCACAGUUACACUUUAGCUUGACAUAUGUAUUCGUAAAAGUGAUCUAGCUGAACAAAAGGCA